AUGACUACUAGACGGACGCGUAUUGUUUGUAUAUCUGAUACUCACAAUCAGACUCCCCACCUGCCGGCUGGACACGUUCUUAUCCACGCUGGAGACCUCACUAACCAAGGCACCUAUUCAGAGCUUCAGAAGACGGUUGAUUGGAUUAAGAAAGCCCAGUUUCAGAUCAAAAUCGUCGUCUGUGGGAAUCACGAUGUCACUUGCGAUGUUCCAUUCUAUCAAAUGUACGGAGGCUACUUCCACAAUAAGAGAAGGGAAGAUCCCCAACGCUGCCUCGACUUGCUCCGAUCCGACCCUUCGCUUGUUUUCCUCAACCACGAGGCCACGCAGGUUCGCAUCAAUCACGGAGACGGUCUUGUGUCCUUGCUCAAGAUCUUUGGAUCCCCAUACUCGCCAGCACAUGGCUUUUGGGCAUUCGGCUACUCCCCAGAAACUGCCCCUCAAUUAUGGGAUCAGAUCCCUCUGGACUCAGAUGUCGUGGUAACGCACACGCCCGCCAAGUUCCACUGCGAUGAAUGUGGGAACCGCGGCACGGCAGGAUGCGAGAUCCUCCGCGAGGCUUUGUGGAGAGUUCGACCCAGAUUGUUUGUAUGUGGGCACAUUCACGAGGCCUAUGGUGUCGAGGCCGUUACAUGGGACCUAUCCUCUCCCAAUCUCAGAUACAAAGAACGGAGCGUCCGAAGGUGGGCGGACCCAGACCCGAGUUCUAAGAAGCAGUUCACCGUGGAUCUAUCAUCGAGAGCCAAGUCGCUAGCUUUGCGCAAUGACGGAAGCAUUGGCAAUCUGAUCCCAUCAACACAACUCUCAAGACUUCGGGGCGUGGGAGUCGAUGGCACUGCUGAUGAUGCCAGCACAGAUCAGCAAGACAGAUCCGGAUCGCUCCCAAAUGUCCCAUCUCCCCCAACACCUCCCUUUCCUGACUUCGGAAAGGCACAGAGACCCGCCCCUUCUACGAUCCACUCUUCGAACGUCAAACAUCUCGGCACCACCGGUCAAGGUGGUCCAGCAUCAAGCUCUAGGUCUGACCAAGAGGCCAUUUCCGGUCGAGAAGGAAGGGUGGAAACCUGUAUGGUCAACGCAGCUUACAUGGGGUCGAAUUGGCCUCAUAGAGGUGGCAAGAAGUUUCACAAGCCGGUCGUGAUUGACCUAGAUUUACCCAUUGUGGACGUGAAAGAGAUUGACUCAAAAGGCGCAAGAUGA